CAUGGCCAGUGCCGUGACUUUGUGCCCUGAACGGUCUCUGAGGCUGACUUUCACGACGUAGCCAGCAUUAGGUACAAAGCGGCAUCCUUAUAGACCCGAGUACUGUAGCUAGCUAGUUAGGUUAAUCAAAUAUAGUUGGACUACUAACUCCGUUUUUAACGACUGACAAAAAAGGAACAAUGGGAAGUUUUUAUGAGGACACCAAAAGGCUUUUGGAAGACUGUGAGCUGUUUAUAACGGAGAUCUUACAGGAUGAGAGCCUCAGCCAGCAAGCCAGUGAGGCCCGGGAAACCCUGCUACACAACUUCCAUGUGGUCCAUUCCAGAAAUCCUCUGGAUUUUCCCUCCAGAUGGGAUACCAGACAAGAGGAAAGUUCAGAUGACAACCAGAGCGUUGGUGUUGGUCGCUCUGUGCCAUCUGACGAUGUGUCAGUAGCCUCUGAUUACCAAGAUGAAGGUCCUCAAGAAUACUUCGAAGAGAUCCCUCUGGUCGCUGUCCAGGAACUCAAUAACAUAUUGAAACAAGGGUAUUUGGAGAAGAAACGAAGAGAUCACAGUUUCUUUGGGUCAGAGUGGCAAAGGCGUUGGUGUGUCCUCAACAACACCAUAUUUUACUACUUUGGCAGUGACAAAGAGAAACAGCAAAAGGGCUGCUUCUACAUCAAUGGCUACAGCGCGGAGCUGGCCACCAACCUGCGGAAAGACUCAAAGAAAAAUGCGUGCUUUGUGCUGAAAGCCCCUGACCAGCGCCCAUACCAGUUCACAGCCAGCAGCCCCCAGGAAGCCAGAGACUGGGUGGACCAGAUUAACUUUGUCCUGAAAGAUUUGAGUUCCAACUUCAUUCCAUUUGAUGAUGAGGAGGAAGAUGGAGAAUGUGAAGUCGAAGACACCUAUGAUGACAUUGAAACCACUAACAGCCAAGGGACGGCACGCCCAGUGCUGCAUCCCAGCAUACACUCUGCGAGCAGCCAGGAGGACUGGAAGAGCAGCAGGCUGGGGGAUGAUGAGGAUGAGGAGGACGACAUCUAUGAGGUGCUUCCAGAGGAUGACUUCCCCGAUCCGUUGGAUGACACUGGAGAAAAGGCCUCAAAAUCAGAGUGGUCGACCGAUUAUGCCAGUUACUACCAAGGCUUGUGGGACUGCGAGGCCGACGAACCCGAUGAGCUGACCUUCCGACGUGGCGACCUCAUCCAUAUUAUCAGCAAGGAGUACAAUAUUCACGGCUGGUGGGUGGGGAAGCUGAACGGUAACAUAGGGAUCGUUCCCAAGGACUUCCUGCAACGCGCCUACAUUGUGUGAACCUGCACGAAGGUUGAUAAUGAAUAUUUUUAUGAAGAUUCCACUAUACCCAGAGAAUUAAUACUGUAUGACAAACUGAGAAUUUAUUGUAUGUGACAUGCUGAUUAUUUAAUGGAAAUUUUGUGUAAAUUAUUGUUCUUUAUAUAGUAAUGCUUAGUUUUCAUUGUGCAUACAAUUUACAAUUAAAAUGAAAAUUCAGCUCUAUUGAUAAUUCAGUUGAUUGUUAAGAUACAGAAAAUAUGACCGUUUUAGCACAGAAAACAUACUGUAUUUUCAAGGAGCAUAAAGGAAAGUUACUUAAAAAGGAAAAAUAAAAGUCAUAGUGCCUUUUUAAAGAAUUACCAUAUUAUUGUUAGGGAUAAAAACAGUGAAAUCAUAAACUGGGAUGUACUUCACAAAGCAAUUUAAACCAAUGAAAGUAAUUUAAAGCAACUGUGCUUUGUAAAAUUAAAUUUUCAUGUUCUGCAGUGAAUCAUGUUUAAAAAUUUACGAACAAACGAAUCUGUAAAUACAAGAGGGCUGCCGUGAAGGUACGUAGCACAUCAGACAACGGUGGUAGAUUUGCAGAUUCAAAUAUUGCAGACUAGUUAAGUUUUUUGCUAAACUUGUUCUGCUGUAAAAGGAGCGUUUUACAAUACUAUGCAACUGUGUUUCAUAAAGGCCACUAGGUGUCAGCAGUGGUCUGUGAAGUAGAACUGGCACCUUUGUAAGAUGUGAAGCGCAAGUCCUGUCACCCUUUCUUAACAUUUCAAUAGCUCCCCUGUGCCACGUGUGCAAAUAAAACUUGUGCAUCAAAUAUGA